AUGGAGGAUAAAAUAUUGAGUCGCUCUUGCAACUAUAUAGAAUGGACGAACAUACCACGGAUAUCGCAGUGCGAUGAGCAAGAACAGGAUCGCCUUGAUUUGCUACACAAAGCCAUCACUGAAGCCAGGAUAGGCGAUGGGUUGCUAUACGCUCCUCACCAUUCCAAUGCACGCGUGCUCGAUCUUGGCUGCGGCACUAGAGUAUGGGCUGUCGAUGUCGCUAACAAAUAUCCCGAGGCUUUCGUGAUCGGAGUGGAUCUUACAAAGAUCCAACCACCCAACCGCCCCCGAAAUUGUGACUUCUAUGCGCCCCAUGACUUUGAGGAUCAAUGGACUCUAGGUGAAGAUCAAUGGGAUGUGAUCUAUAUGCAAAUGGGUUGUGGCAGUGUCAGCAGUUGGUCCUCGUUAUAUCGCAGAGUAUUCAUGCGGUUCCAGUCUAUACAUCCUAAAACAGAAGAUGACCCUUCAUGGAAAUUAAACGAAGCAUAUGUCUACUAA